GGUGAGGGGCGGAGCGAGGGCGGGGCUGCGGCUCUUUUCUCUGGAGUUCGCGCGCCGGGAACGCUAGCAGUGCGCCUGUCCGAACCGACUCCGCGCCCGCUCAUCGUGAUGGAGACCGCAGCCGAGUUUGUGGUGGAGAGCCCAGACGUGGUUUAUAGCCACGAGGCCAUCGAGGCGCAGUACGAGUAUCGCACGACAGGCGUCAGCCGCGAGGGCGGCAUCCUCAAGGUGCACCCCAUGUCCACGCGCUUCACCUUCCGGACUGCCCGUCAGGUGCCCCGGCUCGGGGUCAUGCUUGUCGGCUGGGGAGGCAACAACGGCUCUACACUCACUGCUGCCGUGCUAGCCAACCGGCUGCGCCUGUCCUGGCCCACGCGCACGGGUCGCAAGGAGGCCAACUACUACGGCUCGCUGACGCAGGCGGGCACCGUUAGCCUAGGCCUGGACGCCAAGGGCCAGGAGGUGUUCGUGCCCUUCCGUGCGCUGCUGCCCAUGGUGUCGCCCGAUGACCUCGUGUUCGACGGCUGGGACAUAUCGUCGCUGAACUUGGCUGAGGCGAUGCGGCGUGCGCAGGUACUGGAUUGGGGGUUGCAGGAGCAGCUGUGGCCGCACAUGGAGGCCCUGCGCCCACGGCCCUCGGUCUACAUCCCGGAGUUCAUCGCAGCCAACCAGAGCACGCGCGCAGACAACCUCAUCCCAGGCACACGCGCGCAGCAGCUGGAACAGAUCCGCAAGGACAUCCGCGACUUCCGGUCCCGCGUGGGGCUGGACAAAGUCAUCGUGCUGUGGACAGCAAACACUGAGCGCUUCUGCGAAGUGGUCCCGGGCCUCAAUGACACCGCUGAGAACCUGCUGCGUACCAUCCAGCUAGGCCUGGAGGUAUCGCCCUCCACGCUCUUCGCAGUGGCCAGCAUCUUGGAGGGCUGUGCAUUCCUCAAUGGGUCCCCACAGAACACUCUGGUGCCGGGUGCGCUCGAGCUCGCCUGGCAACGCCGCGUCUUCGUGGGCGGAGAUGACUUCAAGUCAGGCCAGACCAAGGUCAAGUCUGUGCUGGUAGACUUCCUUAUCGGCUCUGGCCUCAAGACCAUGUCCAUCGUGAGUUACAACCACCUGGGCAACAACGACGGGCGGAACCUGUCUGCACCGCCGCAGUUCCGCUCCAAGGAGGUGUCCAAGAGCAGCGUGGUGGACGACAUGGUGCAGAGCAACCCGGUGCUCUACGCACCGGGCGAGGAGCCCGACCACUGCGUGGUCAUCAAGUACGUGCCGUAUGUGGGCGACAGUAAGCGUGCGCUGGAUGAGUACACGUCCGAGCUGAUGCUGGGUGGCACCAACACGCUGGUGCUGCACAAUACCUGCGAGGACUCGCUCCUGGCAGCUCCCAUCAUGCUGGACCUGGCCAUACUGACGGAGCUGUGCCAGCGUGUGAGCUUCUGCACUGAUGUCGACCCCGAGCCACAGGGCUUCCACCCAGUGCUGUCGCUGCUUGGCUUCCUCUUCAAGGCGCCACUGGUGCCGCCGGGCAGCCCAGUGGUCAACCCACUCUUCCACCAGCGCAGCUGUAUCGAGAACAUCCUCAGGGCCUGCAUAGGGCUGCCACCACAGAACCACAUGCUUCUGGAGUACAAAAUGGAGCGUUUCUGUCCCAAGCAAGUCGGACAUGGUGCUGCUGCCUGCCCUGUGUCUUGCAAGAAAGAACAAGCGCCCACAGCCCCCAACUGCUGUACUGGCGACGCCAACGGGCACUCGAAGGCUGAGGCAAACCUGAUGCCCACCACCUGAGGCAGUGGCCAAUACAGAACCCCGCAACUCUCACCCCCCAUUACUCUUCAGAAUCCAUCUUUCCAGGCCCCUUACCCCCAACACAAUAAAGCCAUUGCCAAUAUUA